AAAUCCGCCCAAUCACACGAGCCAAUCCUCGGGUUUCAUCGCCGCUCCGUGUUUUCCAGGCUGCCCGCGUCUCGUCCCACUCACACUCUCUGUCAGAGCGCGGCGUUGACAGCCACUGGCCACUGAUCAGCCCACUUUGUCGGGGUUCGCGUCUCCAUGCAAGACUGCUGAAAAAGAAGCUCCCACUUUCUUUUCUUUGCCAGGCAAAAAAAGCAGCCACGACACCGAGCCCGUCCACGGCCAAAAGAAGCACAACAAGUCCAUUUUUUUUCUAGACGCAUCACUGUCUCGCAGCCCCCCUUUUGCACCAUGUCUGGAGAGGACGCACCUGCCCAGCAGCAAAACGCCGUGGACCAGAAGCAGGAGACCAAACCCGCCGAGGAGCCCAAAGCCGAGCCGCCCAAGACCGAGUCCGAGCCCGCCGCUGCCGCCGAGGCUGCUGCCACCCCGGCGGCGACCACCGAGAAGGUCCCCGAGGAGGAGACGUUCACCUACCGCGCACUGGUGCUCACCGGCUACGGGGGCUAUGAUAAAGUGAAGCUGCAGGUGAAGAAGGGCAAGCCGGCGCUGAAGGCUGGAGAGGUGCUGGUGCGGGUCAAGGCGUGCGGGCUCAACUUCGCGGACCUGAUGGCCAGACAGGGGCUGUACGACCGGCUGCCGUCCCCGCCGGUCACCCCGGGGAUGGAGUGCUCCGGGGUGGUGGAGGCUGUGGGGGAAGAAGUGACAGACAGAAAAGUCGGCGACAAGGUGAUGGUGCUGAACCGCUUCGGCCUGUGGCAGGAGGUGGCGGUGGUGCCGGCCAGCCACACCUUCCUCAUCCCAGAGGGGAUGAGCUUCGAGGAGGCGGCGGCGCUCCCCGUCAACUACAUCACCGCCCACAUGAUGCUGUUCGACUUCGGCAACCUGCGGCCCAACCAGAGCGUCCUGGUCCACGCCGCUGCAGGUGGUGUGGGCAUCGCCGCCACUCAGCUGUGCAAGACGGUGAAGGAUGUGACCGUGUUCGGCACCGCGUCAGCCAGCAAACACGAGACCAUCAGCCAGGGUGGAGUCACGCACGCCAUCGACUAUCGUACCAAGGACUAUGUGGAGGAAGUCCGCAAGAUCAGUCCGAAAGGACUCGACAUUAUCCUGGACCCUCUGGGGGGAUCAGACACCCAUAAGGCCUACAACCUGCUGAAGCCCAUGGGCAAGCUGAUUACCUAUGGUGCUGCUAACAUGCUGGCGGGCCAGAAGAAGAACCUGAUCGCUGUGGCGAAGAACUGGUACCACCAGUUCUCCAUCCACACGCUCAGCCUGAUCCAGGGCAACAAGUCGGUGUGCGGCUUCCACCUGGGCUACCUGGACGGGGAGACGGAGCUCAUCUCCCAGGCCAUGAGCACCGUCCUGGACCUCUACAAGCAGGGCAAGAUCAAGCCCCGCAUUGAUUCCACCUGGCAUCUGGAGCAGGUGGGCGAGGCCAUGAGAAAGAUGCAGGAGAGGAACAACAUCGGCAAGGUGAUCCUCACCACGGAGCCGAUGCCCGAGGAGGAGAAGAAGGAGGAGGCCAAGAAGGAGGACAAGAAAGAGGACAAGAAGAAGGACGACAAGAAGAAGGAGGACAAGAAGAAGGAUGACAAGAAGAAGGACGAUGGCAAGAAGGAGGAGAAGAAGGAGGAGGAGCCCAAGAAGGAGGAGAAGAAGGAAGAGGAGAAGAAGGAGGAAGCCAAGAAGGAGGAGAAGUGAGAGGGGGGAGGGAUGGAGAGUCGAGCAGACCAGCAGUGAGGGAGGGUGUAACUGGGAGCUGGAGGGGUGAGGAGGGGGUGAGGAUGGAGGUGGCGAUGCAGACGGAUGGGGGGUGGAGGGUGAAGCCAGGGAGUUUAGAAGGACGGGUUAGGAAACGAUCACACCAUUGUCACGUCUUUCACCUCCCCUCUGCCUCACCUGGGCGGCAGCGAUUCCUCAGGCCUGGAUCCACCCACUUCCACAUCCGCUUGCCUUUUCUAGCAUUUAUCUCUAAAAAAAAAAACGUAAUUCAAAC